UAAAACAUUGUAUCAGUAACAAAGGUGAGCCUCGUGGGCGGGGUUGUGCUGUCUAGCUGCGAAGGUUCAGGUUCCGUCGCGGGGUGUGAGUGAGCCGGUACCGGAGGAGACGUGCGGUGUCUUCGAUCUAGGCUUCCCCUGCUAACAUGUCGCAAGGGAUCCUCUCUCCACCAGCCGGCUUGUUGUCGGAUGAGGAAGUCGUAGUCUCCCCCAUGUUUGAGUCCACUGCUGCAGAUUUGGGGUCUGUGGUGCGCAAGGAACUGCUGUCAGACUGCUCUGUCAUCUCCACCUCCCUGGACGACAAGCAGCAGGUUCCAUCUGAAGGAAGCAUGGAGAAAGUCAAAGUAUACCUGAGGGUCAGGCCCUUUUUACCUUCAGAGUUAGAACGACAGGAGGAUCAGGGUUGUGUCCGUAUUGAGAAUAUGGAGACCCUUGCUCUACAGGCACCCAAGGACUCUUUUGCCCAGAAGAGCAACGAGAGAGGGAUUGGACAAGCAACACACAGAUUCACCUUUUCCCAGAUCUUUGGACCAGAAGUGGGACAGGCACCUUUCUUCAACCUGACUGUAAAGGAGAUGGUAAAGGAUGUACUCAAAGGACAGAACUGGCUUAUUUAUACGUAUGGAGUCACCAACUCAGGGAAAACCCACACCAUUCAAGGUACCAUCAAGGACGGGGGGAUCCUGCCCCGGUCCCUGACUCUCAUCUUCAAUAGCCUCCAGGGCCAACUUCAUCCAACACCUGAUCUGAAGCCCUUGCUCUCCAAUGAGGUAAUGUGGCUAGACAGCAAGCAGAUCCGGCAGGAGGAGCUGAAAAAACUGGCCCUGCUAAGUGGAGGCCUCCAAGAGGAGGACCUGUCCACCUCUUUGAAGAAGAGUGUCUAUAUUGAAAGUCGGAUGGGCACCAGCACCAGUUUUGACAGUGGCAUUGCUGGGCUCUCCUCUACCAGUCAGUUUACCAGCAGUAGCCAGCUGGAUGAAACAAGUCACCGAUGGGCACAGCCAGACACAGCCCCUGUAAGUGUCCCUGCAGACAUUCGCUUCUCCAUCUGGAUCUCCUUCUUUGAGAUCUACAAUGAACUGCUUUAUGACCUGUUAGAACCACCUAGCCAGCAGCGCAAGAGGCAGACUCUGCGGCUGUGUGAGGAUCAAAACGGCAAUCCCUAUGUGAAAGAUCUCAACUGGAUUAAUGUUCAGGAUGCCGAGGAGGCCUGGAAACUCCUGAAAGUGGGUCGUAAAAACCAGAGCUUUGCCAGCACCCACCUGAAUCAGAACUCCAGCCGCAGUCAUAGCAUCUUCUCAAUCCGGAUCCUGCAUCUUCAGGGGGACGGGGAUAUAAUCCCCAAGAUUAGCGAGUUAUCACUCUGUGAUCUGGCUGGCUCAGAGCGCUGCAAAGAUCAGAAGAGUGGUGAGCGGCUGAAGGAAGCAGGAAACAUUAACACGUCCCUGCACACCCUGGGCCGCUGUAUUGCUGCCCUGCGCCAAAAUCAGCAGAACCGAUCAAAGCAGAAUUUGGUUCCCUUCCGUGACAGCAAAUUGACUCGAGUGUUUCAAGGCUUCUUCACAGGCCGAGGCCGCUCCUGCAUGAUUGUCAAUGUGAAUCCCUGUGCAUCCACUUAUGAUGAAACCCUUCAUGUGGCCAAGUUCUCAGCCAUUGCUAGCCAGCUUGUGCAUGCUCCACCUCUGCAGCUGGGAUUCCCAUCACUACAUUCAUUCAUCAAGGAACACAGUCUGCGAGCAUCCCCCAGCUUAGAAACUGGAGCUAAGACAGACCCAAGCCUUGAUGAUGACAUUGAAAAUGAAGUUGACAUCUCCACCUAUGGCAAGGAGGAGCUCCUACAGGUGGUGGAAGCCAUGAAAGCACUGCUUUUGAAAGAACGGCAGGAAAAGUUGCAGCUGGAGAUGCACCUUCGUGAUGAGAUUUGCAAUGAGAUGGUGGAGCAGAUGCAACAACGGGAACAGUGGUGCAGUGAACAUUUGGACACCCAAAAGGAACUACUGGAGGAGAUGUAUGAAGAGAAACUCACAAUCCUCAAGGAGUCACUGACAAGUUUUUACCAAGAGGAGCUUCAGGAGCGGGAUGAGAAGAUUGAGGAGUUAGAAGCUCUCUUGCAGGAAGCCAGAGAGCAGUCAGUGGCCCAUCAACAACCAGGGUCUGAACUGUCCCUCCGGCGGUCACAACGGUUGGCAGCUUCAGCCUCCACCCAGCAGCUCCAGGAGAUUAAAGCUAAAUUGGAACAAUGCAAAGCAGAACUAAACUCCACCACUGAAGAGCUGCGGAAGUAUCAGAAAAUGUUAGAACCACCGCCGUCAGCCAAGCCCUUCAUCGUUGAUGUAGACAAGAAGUUAGAAGAGGGCCAGAAGAAUAUAAGGCUGCUGCGGACAGAGCUUCAGAAACUUGGUGAGUCUCUCCAGUCUGCAGAAAGAGCCUGUUGCCAUAGCACUGGAGCAGGAAAACUUCGCCAAGCCUUGGCCACGUGUGAUGACAUCUUAAUCAAACAGGAUCAGACCCUGGCUGAGCUUCAGAAUAACAUGAUGCUGGUAAAACUGGACCUGCGGAAGAAAGCGGCGUGCAUCGCAGAACAGUAUCAUACUGUGCUAAAACUCCAAGGCCAGGCUUCUACCAAAAAGCGCCUGGGUGCCAACCAGGAAAAUCAGCUACCAAACCAACAGCCCCCAGGGAAGAAACCAUUUCUUCGAAACUUACUUCCCCGAACACCCACCUGUCAAAGUUCAACAGACUGCAGCCCUUAUGCCCGGAUCCUGCGCUCACGGCGCUCCCCUUUACUCAAAUCUGGGCCUUUCGGCAAAAAAUACUAAAAUUGUGAGAAGGAGAAAGCAGUCAUUGCUCUGAGCUUAAGAAAUAGGCCUCUUUUGGAGUUCCCUGGUGGCCUGGCAGUUAAGGAUUUGGCACUGUCACUGCUGUGGCUGGGGUUCAAUCUCUGGCCUAGGAACUUCUGCAUGCUGUAGGUGUGGCCUAAGAAAGAAAAAUAGGUCUCUUUUAAGCUUUACCAUAUAUAUACUUGGAACUCUUUUCAUAAUACAAUAUUCGGACACUAGUUAUUUUUCACCCUUUUUGUAUUAUAAUCACUUAUGUAAUCUUAUGCUUUUUUACCUAUAUCAUUUCUAUGCACACAAAAAAGUUAUAUUAAAUAAAGAUAUUAUUCACAUUUUAAAUCUGAAUUCCAAAUCUGGCAUAAUCAUUAAAAUAAAGGGGCAGAAAAAUUGAAAAACAAAUUAUCAGUCAGGCCCCUAGGAACUUUUGCACAGGAAUGGCAGUGGAGACCAGUAACCAGCGAACAGCUAACCUAAGAAAACUUGGUAAGAAAUGAAUUCAAGGGACAUUAGAUAUUCUAAACCUUCUUUAAUAUAAAAUGAAGCGUCAAACAUGAGGAGGUAAAUGGGUAAUAAACUUGUUCUGGAAUCAGAAUAAAGGAAGUCUGGGCCCUGAGCUCAGAGUAACCCAUAUCAUCUACUAUACAAAUUCAUUACAGCAGACAUUAUAGUAUAUUACCUCCUACUGAACACACAAGCACAGGCCUAAAACCCUCCAAGAGCGCAGCAAGAACGAUUACCUUGUUUAAUAGGUGAAGGCUGGAAAAAAAAAUUCUGUUGAUGAUAGAGAGAAAAAACACAGUUACAUCCAAAAUAUUUAUUAAAACAGAUCAACGUAAACAGUUUAUUAUCUGUACAGUCACUCCCAAAUGUCCAGGAAACUAAUCUUGUCUCCCUGCCCUGCUUUAGUGGGGAUAUAGCUAACUCUACACGCAUCUUUUGCCCUCAGUAGGGGCCAUCAGCAGUUCCAUGCUCAGUGAGAGUCUUUUUGCUCCUUCUUUUAUUCAACUUUAGUAGGUUUCUGCCAAUUUGAAAUCUAGGAGACUCCUCAAAACCAUGUUUUAGAAGAAUGUCUCCCCUGUAAGAACAAGCGUAAAGCUUUACUCCAUUAAACCUGAGCUCUCACAUCAGAAGAGACACACUCAGCAAAUCAAAGAAUGUCACGUCAUGUCUAUCCCGUGCCCUACUGCCAGCAGAGGGAAGAAGGGGAAAGUUUUCUCCCUUCCUUCUUCCUUUCCUCUAAGGAAAUCUCUCACUCCCAGCAGCAUUAAAACUUGGUUCCUGUAGCCUUGCCUGCGCUAAAGUGCUGUUAAAGGGAUAUGGGGCAGGGUAGGGGAAGGAGGUCUGGGAAGAAGGCCAAGAUCUGUAGCCACUCUCUGAACAGAAGAGUGAAGUGCUUCAAACUGGCAAAGACAUUAUCUGUUCCUGCCAGGAUUCUUCUGUCAGUCUCCUCUGAAGAUGUUUCUAUAAACUGUCCCCAAGGAGCUGUUUUCCAUUUGUACAAACAAAAUGAACUAAGGUCCUUGGAAGAAUAGAUGUGGCUGUUCUUUACAUGGAGGUAAGGCUUAAUAUAGGUCUGGCAAUAUGUAGGCUUGAAGGCAGCCAGCUAUGGUGUGACUGAAGACAGGUUGAGUGGAGAAACUCUGCGUGUGGGAGUGUUGUUAGCAGACAGUGAAGCGGGGAGGAAAAAGGGAGCAGGCAUCUCGGUGGAGGGAGUCUCGCCUUGGUUCCGAAGUUGCAGGAUUUGCCGGAGCAAGGCCUUACCUUCCUCCCGGGUCUGAAACAAAGUCAGGCAAAUGUAUCAAAAUAUGUCCAAGGCUAUUCUCAAAAAUAGGUUCUAAAAUACAAAGUCCCACAGAACAAGGUGGCCUUUCCACUUACCUUCUUGUCCCUCGUCCUCCCCCAGAUCACAGUAAAGCCCACUCAAACCUAAAGUCCAAACCUUUCACGGAGGAGCUGAUACUCACAUCGUUGAAUGCACAACACUUUUGCGCACAAGUUGAAGCUUCAUCCCACAGCUUACACUUAAAAUAAUACUGGGCCAGAUAGCGGAAAGCAGUGCUCUCCUCCAAGUGUUCCACUAUUUCCUAGAUAAGAAAAUCAGAAAUGACUGAGGUGAUAAGAACAAGAUUACUAACCCAGUCCUCAAGCUUAUGAGACGUACCCCACACGAAUAGAUAUCUUGGAUAUAUUUGAUGUAACACUGGGCUGCCUGUUCCGACUCUGUCAAUUGUUCAUGAAGCCUACAAAAGAAAUGGGUCUUUAAGUACAAAUCAGAUCUCAAAACAAGCUAGUGAUAAAAAGUAAAAGCACAUGAUUAAGCCC